CUGGUCAAAGCUCUGGUUUCCUAUUUCGGCAUCUCGGAAACUCCCUACCUAGCAAGUUGACGUUUUUGCCAAUUCAUCGUGAUUACCAAUUGCAGCCAAUGUGCAUUCCAGCGAUUCAGCCCAGAUCUGAUGCCUGCCAUUAUGUGAUGGUGCCGUAAAACCAAGUACGCUAUACUUGUAGAUGUGGAAAAAAGAGGGUCUCUUCGGAAACGAUGUACCUCACAAUGCCGUGAUCUCAUAGCCAGACGUAGAGGUACCGCGGAUAUGCAAGCACACCACACACCACACACCUCGACCUUUUUUGGAGAUGCAGCAAGCAACCUUUCCACUAAGACCCAAUUCAUGGCUAGGCGUCUCGGAAUUCAGCCGGGUCCUUGCAUGGCCCUGUCCCCCUGGGUAUAAGAACUCAGGUCCUCCCUUCCCUCCUUCUUCGGAUCUUUUGGAAAGCCUCAUCACAGUCACUCACAGUUGUCUGAAUUCAAAAAGCUUCUUCCUUUUCUUUUACAGCUUAAUACUAUUUUUUUUUCUUUGAGAUACCCCCCCAGUUUUCCUCUUUUGGAAACUCUAAUAAUCACAAUGGCUCCCAAGAUUGCUAUCGUCUACUACUCCAUGUACGGCCACAUCAGGCAGCUCGCCGAGGCCGAGAAGAAGGGUGCCGAGGCUGCUGGCGCCCAGGUCGACGUCUACCAGCUCCCCGAGACUCUGUCCCAGGAGGUCCUCUCCAAGAUGCACGCUCCUCCCAAGCCCAGCGAUAUCCCCAUCCUUGAGGACCCCAAGACCCUCACCCAGUACGACGGCUUCCUGUUUGGCAUUCCCACCCGAUAUGGAAACUUCCCCGCUCAGUGGAAGACCUUUUGGGACAUGACCGGUGGAAUCUGGACCUCCGGCGGCUACUGGGGCAAGAAGGCCGGUCUCUUCAUCACCACUGGAACUCCCGGCGGUGGUCAGGAGUCCACUGCCCUCUCCGCCAUGUCCACCCUGGCUCACCACGGCAUCAUCUACGUUCCCCUCGGCUACGCCAAGACCUUCCCCGACGUCACCAACCUCACCGAGGUUCACGGUGGCUCUCCCUGGGGCGCCGGUUCCUUCGCCGGUGCCGAUGGCUCUCGCCAGCCUUCCGAGCUCGAGCUCCGAAUUGCCACCGCCCAGGGCCAGGCCUUUGCCGAGACUCUCUCCUCGUGACUACAUGGCAGCAAAGAGAAGAAGUCGGCUGUCAAGGUGGCCCCAACCAAUUCGUCUACUCCGGCUGCCCCCAAGCCGGAGCCGAUCCCGGAGAGAGAGGAGAAUGAGAAGGAUGGCUUCUGUGGUCUUCCAGUGAAGUGUGUCAUCAUGUGAAGGAGAUGGGAGAAAAAGAAAUGGUCAUUUUGAGAGAGGAAGAAUAAUUAUAUAACUAUACGAUAUCAGCUGCAAUUCUUUUGCCAUGACUUUAAUUACAAUACCUAGCACUAGAUGCAAUAGAAUUGAAGUACAUUAAUCUUGUCAGUCUCGCUAGUCUUGAUAAAACGUCAUCUGGUGAUUCUUUAUAGAUGCUCCUUCUUGCAUAGUGCACAGUGAGGUUUUCACAAAACAUAACACUAGAUUCAGUAGAAUUAAAAUAAAUUAAUCUUAUCAAUCUUGCUAGCCUUGGCUAUAAUGUCGCAUUGUAAUCAUCUCUACUAGUCAUGAUCCCAUUAUAUAUGCUCCUUCUUGCGGAGUGCACAAAUCUCCGCCAUGCAGUCGACGGAGAGCAAAUCGUGGCUUAUUUGCUUCGCGUUUUUCCCAAUCAUCAAGUCGUCAACUAGUUGGUACAAGUAAGUAAUGGUAGUCUCUUUGGAAGAACUCCUUCCCAAAGGAUUUCCGCCAAAAGACUCCCAGUAGCUGGUCUGUAGAUCCUCAAUCACAUAUAAGCCGCCCGGCUUGACGACUUUCCAGAGAAACUCCAGGGAAGUCAUCUGCUGGUCCAUUGUGUGCCCGCCAUCAUCUAUUAUUAUAUCAAAAAGCCCGUCUGCGGUUGCUUCUGUGGAAAACCUUGCGAGGAAGAGAGUGUCUGCCUGAUCGCCGACGAAGACGUGCGCGUUGGGGGUUUUGUC